UCAAGAAAGAAAGGAAGUGGUAUGAUUUAAUCCUCCAAUAUUGUGUGGUUGGUGUACGCUUUUUUCAAGUAAAGGCUUGAAGUAUUGAGAUCCAACCCCCAAGUUGGCCCAUCCCAUCCCUUAACCAUUCAGAUUCAGCACACCCUUCGCCGCUCCCUGCCGCAACCUUUCCAUCAUUCCCAUAUGCUUUCCAUCAUUAAGCAACGACAAUUCUUUGUGGCGCCAUUAAUGCACCUUCCCUAUUCCCCAUAGCAACUUCUCAACAAGAUAACCUCCCAAUGAACUGGGUCGCCUGACAGCUUGUGAAACAGUCAGGAUUUCAUUAGCUUCUUAGAAUUUCUCUCGCUCUUACACUACCCAUUCUUCCAUUUUCAUUUCUUUUACUUGUCUUUUAGGCCUUCUUUCUGUUUCUGUGGUGAUUCCAUUAUCUGGGUGCAUUGUCUCUUCGAUGUUCAUUUGAUUUGUAGCUUUGUUUUAACAAAUUUAGCAAUAUUUCAUUGCGACCCAAGUGGAGUUCAUUUGAUGAGUUGGGUUUCCCUUUCGUCUGACAAAUCUUUCCUUCUACCCCUGAUCUGAUCUGGGCGUGGACGGUUUUUGGGGUUGGGUUUCUUCAAUUCAACUUGUUGUUGAUUGUUGGUUGCGUUUUCUCCCUCUCUUUGGGAUUUGGUGAAAUAUGUCAAUGGAGGUUGAGAAUGGAGUGAAACAUUGCGGGUUCGAGGAUGAACCUGAGACUAUUGCUAUAAUGAAUGCUGUCAAAGUUUUGUUGCAGGGUUUAGGGGAAGAUAUCAACAGAGAGGGUAUCAAAAAGACCCCUCUUCGUGUGGCCAAAGCUCUUAGAGAAGGAACAAGAGGCUAUGGACAGACAGCCAAUGAAAUUAUUCAAAGUGCUUUAUUUCCUGAAGAUGGACUGCAUAAUGGUGUUGGUCAGGCUGGAGGUGCAGGUGGGAUUGUGAUUGUUCGAGAUAUCGACUUCUUCUCAUAUUGUGAGUCAUGUCUGCUUCCAUUUCAAGUGAAAUGUCAUGUGGGCUAUGUUCCAUCUGGUCAACGAGUUGUAGGGCUCAGCAAGCUCUCUCGAGCGGCAGAUGUGUUUGCAAAGCGACUUCAAAAGCCUCAGCGUCUAGCUGAUCAGAUUUGUUCAGCUCUGCAACAUGGGAUCAAGCCAGGAGGUGUUGCUGUUGUUCUUCAUUGUUUGCAUACUCAUUUCCCCAGCUUGGAGUCAUUCUUUCUUGACUCAAAAUCCCCGGGAUGGGUCAAAGUGCAGGUGCAAUCUGGUUCAGGAGCUUUUGAAAGCCAAGAUGCUGAUAUCUGGAUGGAGUUUUUCAGUCUUUUAAAAUUUAGAGGCACAUAUCCGACUAAAGCUGGGGCACCAGAUUCAAAUGCUCAACAUUGGUGCCCAUCUCAUUUUUCUUCAGCUUCUAAAUUCUCAACCAAACCUGAGCCGUUAAAUCUAAAAAUGACCACUGCAGUGACAUCAAUUUUGAGGUCGUUAGGUGAAGACCCAUCAAGGAAAGAGCUUCUUGGAACACCUGGUCACUUUGUGAACUGGCUAAUGAACUUCCAAAACUGUAAUGUGGAAAUGAAGAUGGAUAUGAACAAGCUCAAUGGCUUUGCUAAUGGUAGAACUCAUUUUGAUCACAAUGAGAACAGUAACCUCCCCGAGAAACAGAUUCAAUCAGAGAUGAAUUUUUUGUUCUGGUCUCAAUGUGAGCACCAUUUGCUCCCCUUUUACGGCGUCGUCCAUAUAGGAUUCAUAAGAGAUGAUGGACUCACUCCCCUUGAGAAAUCACGUUUAAACUCAGUAAUACAUUUUUAUGGUUUCAAGCUCCAAGUUCAGGAAAGAAUGACCAGGCAGAUAGCAGAGACAGUUUCAUCAUUAUUAGGAACAGACGUGAUAGUUGUUGCGGAGGGAAGUCAUACCUGUAUGAUCUCAAGAGGAAUCGAGAAGUUUGGUAGCACAACAGCUACAGUUGCUGCGCUUGGUCGGUUUUCAUCUGAUGCAGCUGCAAGAUCCAUGUUCUUGCAGAGCAUUCCACAAACUACCAUUGGAGAACUGUAAGGUCAACCUUAUGGUUAUCCUAUUGAGUUUCUCGGGAGGUUCAUACUCAGUCCCAUUGCACUGAUAUUGUCUGCUUCCUCUCUAAACCUUUUCACAAUAAACUCUUGGGUCAUGUCAAAGCGUUAGAAUGUUAUAUAUAAGUUUUGCUCAAUUUGAUUAGUGGCUACAUACACAGCUGGCUGGCAGGGUAUAUUUUGUGGGUCAUUGUCCCAUUCGUAGUCUAUUUAGUUGUUUUAGACCAAAGGGAUCCGAAAGAGAUACCCUUUUAUACUUUAUUUUUGUUGUUUAGGAGCCCAGGAGUUAUAGCUUUUCAACAAUUUCCAUGGCCAAUUUUGGUGCAAUUCCAUUACUAGGAUGUAUAUCAAUGAAACCUAUAUGUAUUUGAGUCCACAAUAUAUUUCUAUCAAUUCUUCACUAUUUGGGUCAAA